GCGGAGUGCGUCUCCUUGAGCCAACAGUCUGCCCCUUCGAUGCUCGCCAACUCAACCUGAACAGCGAAACUGUAGAUCCACCAAAUCAAGGCUGGGGGUUUCAGAAUAUUGAUGGAAUCCAAAGGCGAUUUCGACAUGAUCAAUGGAGCCUGCAUGAUCGGCAUACAGCAAAGUUCCGAGAGCAUGAAUGUUUCCGGCCAAGCACACUCCAGUCAGGAAUGAAACGGGCCUGAAAACGUUGUCUUCUGAUCUAGCUUGCAACGCCGGAAAAGGUGACGCUUGCGUAAGAUGCACAUCGUGUUGGACCAUAUGCGUUGGUCCCUCGAUGCUUCUCAUAAGCUUCCUCUUGACAUAAGUGAUAUCCAAAAUGUGGAAGGGGGAGCUGACGCUCUUCAUCGCCAAGUGAAUCCACCGAAGUCGAACAGUUCGUUGGAGGGCAGUGUAAUCUGUACAAUCAGCCGAACGAUGCUGCCAUCAAAAUCGACAUCAUUUACAGAUCAGAGAGCAGAACACCAUGCCAAGAGCAGUUUCUGCAGCGCCAUCCCGAGGCAUCGUAACGACAGUGGAUUGUUUGCGAUGAACGACUCAACGAUCAAGUCGCUACAUCAGCCUAGCCCAUGGCUGAACUUUUUGCAACACGCGAUCGCAUAUCAUUUCUGCUGCGCAAACAGCGUUUCGAGAGAGAGCACUUGUACAAGUGGCGUUUACUCCGAAGCAGUGUUUGAUGGCUGGCAUGAAACGUGAUCGUCCGCAGGAGACCGUGCUGCUGAGACGAUGUGGCAUAAUCGAAACAGCAUGUUCCAAGAGAAUUGUCAGAACGACUGGGAGGUAUAAGAAUCGUCAAGGGACUAC